AUGACCCCUCGACAUGUUGCAUUCACCGUGCAUUUAGGCGGGAAGUCGGCCGUUGGCCUAUUCGCACUCUGUCUUGUCGCCUUCGUGGUCGAAACGCAGCUUACACAGUAUGUUCAAUCUAAUCUAGGCUUCCGACGACCUUUCUUCAUCUUCUAUGUCGUGCAUUCCGCCUUCAUGCUGAUGCUUCCGAUGCAUUUCGUGUAUUUGGCGCUCUUUGCCAAAGAGUCUCCUCGGGCACUCUGGGCAGGCCUCAUGUUCGCACUGAAGGAGCACCUGUCUCUCCCCUCGAACGAUGUUUCCACACCGCGUCCAGCUCUCUCCUCUACCUUUCCCACGUGGAGGUUUUGGCGCCUUCUGUCAUUCCUUACCGCCGGCAUGACUGUCCCUAGCUUGCUCUGGUUUUCUGCUGUGUCACUAGCACCAGUCACGGAUGUCACCGCUUUGUGGAACGCGAACGCAUUUUUUGCGUACCUCCUGUCGGUCAAGCUUUUCGGUCUGAAGUGGGACGCUUUACGUCUGGCAGCCGUUGUGCUGGCCACAUUGGGAGCGCUUGCCGUCGUUUAUGGGGGAACAACCUCUUCCGAGCCGUCUAAAACAAGCCCAGAGAUAAGUGGAUCGGGAGUUCAAUUUGAGUCGCGUGCGGCAGACAAGGGACCCAGCGCACCACUUGUCGGAGACUUGUUGACCCUCAUGGGUUCAAUACUCUAUGCGGCGUACCAAGUGCUGUACAAGAUAUAUGCCACCCUCCCGUUCGACCCAGAGGUGCAGGCAGACAACAUGUACUCGCAGAUUCACCCGUACGAUGACAUUGCGAGCGAUGAUGACGAGCCUUCCGGCGAGGCUCCGCUCGCUGAAGUGGAUAUGGUGUACCCACCGCCCUUUGGCUUGUUCCCUAAUCUGUUGACGUCUUCCAUUGGCAUAGCCACCUUCUUAGUUCUGUGGAUCCCUAUGCCGAUCCUUCACUACCUCGGGAUCUCGACGUUCGAGUUGCCCACGAGCAGCCUAACGAUUCUCGUCAUCGCAGGCAUUGCGUUGAGCGGUGUGAUAUUUAACGGCGGAUUCAUGAUCCUUCUCGGCGUCUGGGGCCCGAUCGUCACUUCCGUAGGAAACCUGCUCACCAUUGUCCUUGUGUUCCUCUCCGACAUUAUCUUCGGGGGUGCGGUGAAGACUAUCACCGCAUGGAGUCUGUUGGGUUCCGCGUCCAUCGUGACCGCCUUCGGCGUGCUUGCAUACGACAUGACUAAAGAGAGGAGGUUUUAA